AUGAAACGGCUUUGUCCGGCCACUUGUGGUUGUGUUUCUGCCACGCCAAGUGUGUCAACAACCGCUCCAGCGGAGCCAACAACCACGCCUUCAGGAAGUAGUGGUUGUGGACUUGAUGACAAAGCAUUUGAUUGUAAAAAGAAGUCACAAAUGUGUAAUGUGCCUGUGAGUACUAUAGCGUAGUGAUUUCAGUAAGGUACUAGGGUUAAAGUUCUAAAAAGGGAUUUUGAUUUAACAAUUGUUUUUAAUUUAUUCUUUUAUUUACCUUAUAGGCUUACAUAAACCUUAUGAAAAAGUUAUGUCCUGAAACAUGUGGUUGUCCUACAUCAGCGGCCCCAGCAUCUACAACGCCAAAUGCGCCAACAACCGCGCCAGCAGUGCCAACAACCGCGCCAGCCGUGCCAACAACCACGCCAGCAGUAGCAGCAACCACGCCAGCGGCGUCAGCAACCACGCCAGCAGUGGCAGCAACCACGCCUGCAGGAAGUAACGGCUGUGGACUUGACGACAAAGCAUUUGAUUGUAAAAGGAAGUCACAAAUGUGCACUGUGCCUGUGAGUACUACAAUAAAAUAGUGCUUUUAAUAUUGUACAGUGGUUUUUCAAGGUUUAGCAUCCUUUUCAUUUAAGGCAUACAUAAACCUGAUGAAAAGAUUAUGUCCAGAAACAUGCGGUUGUCCUACAACAAUCGCCCCACAAUCUACAACGCCAAAUGCGCCAGCAACCACGCCAGCGUUGCCAACAACCGCUCCAGCGGAGCCAACAACCACGCCAGCGGUGCCAACAACCACGCCUUCAGGAAGUAGUGGCUGUGGACUUGAUGACAAAGCAUUUGAUUGUAAAAGAAAGUCCCAAAUGUGUACUGUGCCUGUGAGUACUAUAACACAUCUCAGACUGCGGGAUUUAAGUUCCAGCUGAGCACUAUUUAAAACUUUUAAGCUUGAAAAAUCAGCUGUUUUUUUGUAUUUAUUGUUAGUUUAGCAUUAUUUCACUUAUAUUGUAGGCCUACGUAAACCUGAUGAAAAGGUUAUGUCCAGAAACAUGUGGUUGUCCUACAUCAAACGCUCCUCAAUAUACCACGCCUUUGGGAAGUAGUGGCUGUGGGCUUGAUGACAAAGCAUUUGAUUGUAAAAGGAAGUCACAAAUGUGUACUGUGCCUGUGAGUACUAUAAUAUCCCCCCCCUCCCACUUUAAGACACUUACUGGGGGGGGAGGGGUUUUGCGGUACUUCCAAGCUGCGGUUUUAAAAAAUCCCGUCGCCGAGAAUACUAUUUAAACGGCCAGAAACCAUAAGUGCUCUGACUUGUCAUUCCGUUUCAAUCAUGGAAAUUAAGAGAAUUGACUUCUUUGGCGCAAAACAUGAGCUGGUCGUUUUUGGAUAAAGCAGCUCAUUUAUCUAGUGGACACGCUCACGUUUGGCGCGGUAAAAGUUCAUUGCCAAAUCUGUAAAUUUUAUAUUAAAAAAACAGCGGUCUAUGUUAAUGAUUAUUGUCUAUUUAUCUUGUAGGCCUACGUAAACUUAAUGAAAAAGUUAUGUCCAGAGACUUGUGGCUGUCCUACGUCAACCGCCCCUCAAUUUACCACGCCUUCAAGAAGUGGUGGCUGUGGGCUUGAUGACAAAACGAUUGAUUGUAAACGGAAAUCACAAAUGUGCACUGUGCCUGUGAGUACUACAACAUAGUGGUUUAGUCUUGCUCUAGGGUGGGGGUUUUUAAAAUUAAAAUAAUUUGUGAAAUUUUUAGAAACAGUCGUCUUUUUUGUUAAUUAUGGUUAAUUUAACGUUACUUUGUUCAUAUUUUAGGCCUACAUAAACUUGAUGAAAAAGUUAUGUCCAGAAACAUGUGGUUGUCCUUCGUCAAUCGCCCCUCGAUUCACUACGCCCUCACCAAAUAG